AUGAAAAGUGCAUUCGCGGCUCUGGUAGCCUUGGAAUGUGCGGCCGUCGCUUCAGCAGCUCGACCUCGAGGUGUCGGUCCUGAGUUCGCCAAAUACUACGAUGCCUCCAAAGACUUCUCCUGCAUCUCCACACCCUCUCUGAACAUCCCAUACUCGCGCGUCAACGACGACUACUGCGACUGCCCCGACGGCUCCGACGAACCCGGCACCGCCGCGUGUGCACACCUCUCCCCUCUCUCGCCCCACACACCGGCCGACUCCCACCCCAGCACGGUCGACAACAUCACAAACAGCUUGCCGGGGUUCUACUGCAAGAACAAAGGCCAUGUACCCAGUUACGUCCCAUUCACGAACGUCAAUGAUGGGAUUUGCGACUACGAGCUCUGCUGCGAUGGGAGUGAAGAGUGGGAAGGUGUGGGAGGGACAAGAUGCGAGGAUCGAUGCGAUACAAUCGGGAAAGAGUGGAGGAAACUGGACGAAGCGAGACAGAAGAGUGCGAGCAAUGCGGCGAAGAAGCGGGCGGAAUUGGUCAAGGAAGCGGCGCGGUUGAGACAGACGGUGCAGGAUCGAAUUCAAACACUGGGGACGGAGAUUGAGGGUGCGGAAUUGAAGGUGAAGCAGAUGGAGCAGGAGUUGGCGGACACGAAGAGGAAAGAGACGGGGAAGGUGGUGCAGCCUGCUGGCUCGAAGGGUGGGAAAUUGGGUGUUCUGGUGGGACUGGCGCAGAAGAGGACGGAGGAGUUGAGGACUUCGCUGCUAGCUACGCGAGAGGAGCUCAACAGUGGGAGAUCGCGUUUGCAGCAAUUGGAGGGCAUCAUGACGACGUUCAAGGAGGAGUACAAUCCCAACUUCAACGACGAGGGUGUCAAGCGAGCGGUCCGCGCGUGGGAGGACUACAUUGCCAGCUUCGGCGGAGCGGCGACUCCAAAUGACGCUCAAGAGCGCGACCUCGACGAGAUUACCAAGCCCGAUAGCGAAAGCGGUCUGAAUUGGGACGACUACAUCGAGGAAGAAGGCAGCGAGACCGACGUCCUUUACGCCUUCGAAAACUACCUCCCUCUCACCCUCCGCACCUGGCUCGACACCAAACUCCGCGACCUCCGCCUCCUACUCAUCGAAAACGGCAUCCUCGCCUCCAACCCCACCUCGGGCGAAUCCACCACCCUCACCUCCGCCCGCACCCGCCUCACCACCGCGGAAAAAUCCCUCGAAGACCUCCGUACUACCCUCACCUCCUCCCAAUCCGACCUCACCACCUCCUUCGGCCCCGACGACGUCUUCCGCGCCCUCAAAGGCACUUGCAUCAAUACCGACAGCGGGGAGUACACCUACACCCUCUGCUUCCUCGACCGCACCGCGCAGAAACCGAAAAAGGGCGGUGGGGAGACGAAUAUGGGGAAAUAUACGGGUUUGGAAAUGGUCACGGUGGAUGAGGACUUGCCCGUUGAUGGGAAAGGGUUGGGAUCAGGGGAGAGGUGGGCGAUGAAGUUUGAGAAUGGACAGCAUUGCUGGAAUGGACCGAAUCGGAGGACGACGGUUGUUUUGGGGUGUGCGGAGAAGGAUGAGAUUUGGAGGAUUAGGGAGGAGGAGAAGUGUGUUUAUCGGAUGGAGGUGGGGACGCCAGCGGUUUGUGAGGGGAGCGGGGGGAAGAAAGAGGGGGGUGGGGGGAAGGAUGAGUUGUGA